AUGUCGGACCGUCUGACAGUGAUUGAUCUCGUUACAAGCUCGCAACUUGAGAGCCAUGGCACGGUAUCGACGGUCGGCGUCGGCGUCGGCGUCGGCGAUGGUUGUGGCGAUGGAACCGAAAUGGAGGAGAAGAAGGGAGCUCACAACUCGAGUGCCUUGUCCCCCUCGGAGUCCGGCUUGCCUGAAGGUGGCCAUCGCGCUUGGCUGACCAUUUUCGGGGCGUUUCUCGUCCAAUAUGCAUCGUUUGGAUAUAUCAAUGCGUUCGGCGUAUACCAGGACUUCUACGUCCGCGAUUACCUCAGUAACUAUUCCCCCAGUGAUAUCGGAUGGAUCGGUGGUGUCCAAAUCUUUCUCAACUUUUUCUUGGGAGUCUUCACGGGGCGGAUCUUCGAUAGAGGGCAUUUCAGAUCUCUCAUAAUAGGAAGCAUCCUCCUCCAUGCUAUCGCGCUCUUUUCCCUGUCUUUAUCGCGUCCCGGAUCGUAUUAUCAGGUCUUUCUGACGAACGGGGUCGCUUUCGGACUGUCGUGUGGACUCUCUUACAUUCCCUCCCUGAGCGUUGUAGGACACUACUUCGAACGAAGACGUGCGCUAGCCGUCGGGAUCGUUUCUUCCGGGUCCGCCCUAGGCGCCGUCCUACACCCAAUAAUGCUCAACAAACUAUUCAACUCGCCUCAUGUGGGGUUCCACACCGGAAUUCGAAUCAGCGCUGCGCUUAACAUCCUCCUUCUUGUCAUUGCUUAUGCGGUCAUGAAACCGAACCCUCGAUUCAGCCCCGGAGGCCCACCCAAAUCCAGUGAGGGAGAUGAAACACAGCCCAGGAACUGGUCGGAUCGGUUCCCUGUGCUGCGCUGGCUUCGCGAACCGGCCUACGCUAUCUCAGUUUUCGCGUCGGUGUUUUCCUUCUCCGGGACAUUCUUCCCCGUGUUCUACCUCCAGCUCGAUGCGAUCACGCAUGGCAUCGAUCCGACGUUCGCGUUCUACGCAUUGUCCAUUAUCAAUGCAGCGAGCAUCGCCGGACGUACCAUCCCCGGUGCUCUGGCACCACACGUAGGACUGUUCAACCUCGGCUCAGCGAUGAUUCUCGCCAUGGGAGCCGUUCUGUUCUGCAUGGCGCCGGCGGUGUCGUCUGGCAUAGGAAUUGCCCCAGUUGUGGCAUUCGCACUUCUAUUUGGGUUCUUCUCCGGGGCGGCGAUCGCGCUUACCCCUGCGAUGUUUGCGCAGCUCGCGGAGGACUCUAGUGAGGUCGGUGCGAUGCUUGGGGUUGUGUUCGGUGUUGGAGGUCUUUUCGGUCUUUUAGGCAAGGCGCUUCCUACCUUCUCGCUGCCCUAA